GCCCCUCGUGCAAUUUGAAUGGGCGUGUUUAGGACGCUCCGUGGCCAUGUUUUCCCAGUUAUCCGCUCCUGGUUUUGCCGUUCCUCUCUCAGCCGUGGCGUUCUUACAACCUUGUCUGUCUCUCAGCACUCCAUCCAGCAUUGCUGCGCAAGCAGAUGUUCUCUCGCUGAGGCCAAUUAUUACCAUUUCUCGCAUCUUGGUCACGCUCGCUCGCUCGACGGCUGUCAAGUGGGCAGAAAAGUGCGUCCAUCCCUCUCUUUGCAAGUGCGGGGACUGAGACAAUUUUUUCACAUUAAUUUUUUUGAAUUUUAUUUUUGUUUUAUUCAUCAUCUCAUUUUUGUCUUUUGACUGGAGGAGAUGAUAGCGUCAGUUUUGGGAGGAAACAGAUCAGAUUUCCGCGUCUGUGGGAAGGCAUCAUUUGAUGUGGCACACGUGUGAUUCGUUGUUGCGAGCUUGAAUGGCCGUCGAGUCCAUGUGCUGAGGAGCACACUUCGGUUCAUUCUGUUCACACACUUUGGACAUUUAACGCUCACCUUUCUUCUCCGCUCUGUCGUCUUGUGAGACUUGAAUUUUUAUUUGUUUUAUUUUAUUUUACUUUAUUUUUUUUUAAAGAGGCGAAUAUGCCCUUACUUCUGGACUCUUUUGUCCGCUGUCGACUCGGCCUGAAGAUUCUUGUGCUCUGGCUCAUCUUCGCCGGCGUCACCUGCACCGGACCUGUGAACGAUGAUGACCCUGUCCCACGGAGACCAACAAGAGAUCAAGCUGGUUCUGAGCAUGCCGCCACUGCGACACAACCCGCAGCCUUCUCCGACCAGUUACCUCACUUCCUGGUGGAACCAGAAGACGAGUUCAUAGUGAAAAACAAGCCAGUGAUGCUCACCUGCCGAUCCACCCCGGCGACUCAAAUCUACUUCAAGUGUAACGGCGAGUGGGUUCACCAGGAUGACCACUUGAUUGUGCGGACUGUGGACCCAGCUACAGCUCUGCCAGUCAUGGAGGUGACUAUAGAAAUCACCAGACAGCAGGUGGAGAAGAUCUUCGGCCUGGAUGAGUACUGGUGUCAGUGUGUCGCCUGGAGCACCACCGGAACUCAGAAAAGCCAAAAAGCGUACAUCAGGAUUGCUUACCUGAGAAAGAACUUUGAGGAGGAGCCUCAGGCUAAAGAGGUGGCAUUGGACCAGGAGGUGUCACUGCGCUGCCAUCCCCCCGAGGGAGUACCAGAACCCGAGGUGGAGUGGCAGAGGAACGAGGACGUGAUCGACCCACAGAGCGACCCCAAUUUUUUCAUCGCGGCCGACCAUAAUCUUGUCAUCAAGAAGGCCCGACUGGCCGACACGGGCAACUACACAUGCGUGGCCAAAAAUAUUGUCGCUCGCCGCAAAAGCAACUCUGCCACAGUCCUAAUCUAUGUCAACGGCGGCUGGUCCACGUGGACCACCUGGUCAUCCUGCAGUGCUGUGUGUGGGCGAGGCUGGCAGAAGAGGAGUCGGAGCUGCACCAACCCCACGCCGCUGAACGGCGGCACGUCCUGCGACGGGCAGAACGUCCAGAAAAGUGCUUGUGUGGCAACCUGUCCAGUGGAUGGAGGUUGGAGCGAAUGGAGCAAGUGGUCACCAUGCGGCGCGGACUGUGCGAUGUGGAGGAGCAGGGAGUGCACCCAGCCGUCACCUGGCACCGGGGGCAAGGACUGCCAGGGGCUCGACCUUCAGUCUCUUAACUGCACCAGUGAGCAGUGCCCGCAGACUGUGAGGAGAGCAGAGGACGUGGCGCUGUACGUGGGCAUGGUGGCCGUGGCUCUGUGUCUGACCCUUCUGCUGAUCAUCGUGGUUCUGGUCUACCGGCGCAAGAAGGGAGGCCUGGAUGCCGACGUGGCGGACUCCUCCAUCCUCACUACUGGCUUCCAGCCGAUGGGCAUCAAGCCCAGCAAGCCAGAGAAUUCCCAUUUGCUUACCAUCCAGCCCGAUCUAACCACCACCACCACGAGUUACCAGGGCACCCUGCGCUCUCGACACGAUGCCACCGGUAAGUUUUCGAUGACCAACGGGCCUCUGCUGGACCCGCUUCCCAAGGGCUCUCACACGCUGCACAACGGGAAGCUCACUUCGGACCCAGCAGACUUCGUGAGCAGGCUGUCCACUCAGAGCUACUUUAAAACGCUCUCCCGUGACGUGGCCAACACUUCCUAUGGGACCUUCAACUUCCUGGGGGGCAGGCUGACAAUUCCUAACACUGGAAUCAGUCUGCUUAUUCCUCCUGAGGCCAUCCCCAGAGGCAAGAUCUAUGAGAUUUAUCUCACCGUUCAGAAAAAAGAGGAUUUAAGGUUACCUCUGGCUGGCUGCCAAACCCUGCUCAGCCCUGUUGUGAGUUGUGGACCUCCGGGCGUGGUCCUGAGCCGUCCCGUUAUCCUGAGCAUGGACCACUGCUCUGACUCCUGCCUUGACAACUGGGCCGUCCGCCUCAAGAAGCAGACUUACGAUGGUGCUUGGGAGGACGUCCUGUUAAUGGGGGAGGAGCUGGCGUCUGAUCCCUAUUACUGCCAGCUGGAGGCCGAGACGUGCCAGCUGUUUUCCGAGCAGCUGGGCACCUUCGCCUUGGUGGGAGAGUCUCUCCACAUGGGCGCUGCCAAGCGCUUGAGGCUGGUGCUCUUUUCCGACGCCUACUGCUCCACGCUGGAGUACAACAUCAGGGUCUACUGCAUGGACGACACGCAGGAUGUCUUCAAGGAGGUGAUGCAGAUGGAGCGGCAGCUCGGGGGUCGGCUGAUUGACGAGCCUCACAUCCUGCUCUUCAAAGACAGCUACCACAACCUGCGCCUGUCCAUCCAUGAUAUGCCCCAGGCCCACUGGAGGAGCAAGCUGCUAGCCGGCUAUCAGGAGAUCCCCUUCUACCACAUCUGGAACGGUUCCCAGCGCUACCUGCACUGCACGUUCUCUCUGGAGCGCCUCAGCCUCGCCACCUGCGAGCUCACCUGCCAGCUGUGCGUGUGGCAGGUGGAGGGCGAAGGACAGAGCUUCGGCCUCGACUUUAACAUUGCCAAGGACACCCGAGCCGUGGACUCCGAGUUCCUGCUAAUGGACACGAACGUCACUGCCCUCGCAGGGCCCAGCGCCUUUCAGAUCCCGUACCUCAUCAGGCAAAAGAUCUGCAGCAGCUUGGACGCGCCGUGUCCCAACGGAGCCGACUGGAGAAUGCUUGCACAAAGACUCAAGCUUGAGAGACACGUGGGCUUCUUCGCGUCCAAAUCGAGCCCGACUUCGGCCAUCCUCGACCUGUGGGAGGCGCAACAUUUCCACAGCGGCAACAUCAACCAGCUGGCCGCCGUCAUGGCCGACAUCGGCAAGCAGGAAGCCAUGAUCUUCCUGGUGUCGGACGGCGAGUGCUAACAGGCUGAGAGGAAACCGCAGGCGGGGUGGAACAAUACGUGCGGUGGGAAGAGACCGUGGGAGCUGUCUGUUUGAGAACAGUCCAUGUAGGAGGUCACACUUUGAACUGUUUCCACUGAGAGGUGGAUCAUAUCCAAGCAGCUCAGUCACACAGCCUAAAUUCUUUCAUACAUAAUUCAAUGUCUUAUGUAGCACGAAAUGGAGUUUAACAAUGACACGCAGUCAUUUCAUUCCUUUGAAAAAUGCAAUCUAUAGAAAGCCCUUUUAGUCUUUAUUCAAUAUCCUUGAUAUCCAUCUCCAGUUUCAGGUACUCGUGCACUCUUUGGGUCAUAUUCUGCUAUUCGUGCACAAGUCUGAGGCUGCCUGUAAAUCAUGGAGCAUGGAGUUUUCUUGAUACUGAUGAAUGCCAAAGAAGUCAAUUUGGAAAAUAGAAAGUCACACGUGUGUGAAAUGUGAAAAUAUCUUUUGUAGCAGCGUGUCGUUGCCAGAUGUGAAUUGAUGGAAGAAUGCACGCAGGCAGAAAACCGCUCAGAUUUGCGCCUUUUAAGACUUGCGCACAUGUUAGAAUGUGGCUUUGUCCUCACGAGUAAGUGUAAUUACUGUAUUACUAGUAAUUACUUCCAUGUAAUACACACACACACAGCUCUACGAGUAGUGUCAUUAUGAAAUUGUACCAGUUCACUCUUUGUAGAAGUGCAAGUGGGCAGGAAUGUCAUACAGUAGUGGAUACAAUUUUUAAAAAUCCCCCCACACAGCAGCUGACACACGUUAUUAAGAUCCACUGUUUUCUUUUUAU